GCCAAUCAAGCAAGGAAUCAAUGGGUCCCAUAAGACACUGAUGGACCACCUGUCCUCUUCCCCCCCCAAUAAGCUCAGUUCUCUCUUCUUCAUCAAGCUUACUAUCAGCCAACAGAGUCAUUCCCCCAAUUGUUCUCUCUCUCGCCUUCCCAACAAUGGCCGCCAUUGAUUCACUCCCCCUUAAGCUACACGACAACCUAAUUGCAUUUACCUCCAAGCUCUUCCUUGCCAUGAAGAAAGCUCCACUCUCUAAAGUCUAAACCCCACUCACCAUCAAAAUAAUUUCCCCGAAAAUUACUCCUCUAGCUCCCAUAUAUAUACGUCAUAACCCGAAACCCUUGUCACUUAUCCCCUGAUCAUCAAAACCCACAAUUUUUCUUUUUCAAUUAAGAGCUCGGUAUGGAUCUGGAAGAGUGGGAAGUUCUUCCCCGAGACGCAAGCUUCUUUGAUUUCCAUGACGAUGGCGGUGCCAGGGUUUCUUCUUCCCCUGCAAAAUCAUCAUCAAGGAGAGGUUCUUCUUCUACCUCUUCUCCUUCCUAUUCUUGUAUGAGCCCUAAUUAUAGCGUGCUAGACAUGAAUUACUUCAUCUGCCCAUCUUCUCCGCCAAAGAGCUCAAUCUCAAGGGUUGUGCUUCCCAUCGAAUUGGAACCAACAGAUCACCCGAGCCCACCACAGGAGGAGCAACAGCUCACGGAUUGCAGCAGCUCCCGAACUAGGAUGAUGAUGGUCAUCCCAAAAAUUAGCAAAGCUCCGAGCUUUACUGGAUCUGUUGCUGUUGGUUGUGGUGGUGGUGGUGAUCAGGACUCUGUUUCCCAAGUCUUCUUCAAGAAGAUGAAGGAGAAUGAAUUUGUCGACAUGAAACUGGACUCCCCAAAGUCCCCAACUAUGUCAUCUCCACCGUCAUCCCUCUUGUCCUCCCCCAAAUUUGGUGCUGGCAAGUUCAGCUUUGAAGACAACGGUGCUACUAACGAUCCAAGCUUGGAGAAGGAAGAAAUUGGGUGGGAUGAGGGCAGUGGUAAGGAUGGUGAUAGUGGUGGUGGUGCUUUGAACAUUUGGAGGUGGAGCUUGCACGGGGUUGGAGCCAUUUGCUCAUUUGGGGUUGCUGCCGCAACUGUCUGCAUCAUCAUCUUUGGCAAUCAUCAGAGGAACCAGCAGCACAAGAGGGAGCAGCAGAUCAGGUUCCAGAUUUACACUGAUGAAAAGAGGAUAAAGCAGGUGGUUCAGCAUGCCACAAGAUUCAAUGAUGCAAUUUCAGCAGUGAGAGGGGUUCCCAUUGCAAGGGCUCAGGUCACUUUUGGUGGCUAUUAUGAUGGCAUUUAGAUCCUAAUUCCUUCACCUCACUCAGCUUCUGGUGGGAUCACCCUAUAAUGAGGGUUCUGUAUAUAGGAAAUUAUAUGUUAUGUAUAAGUAUAGUAGCUAUAGUGGACGGUAAAAUUUUGUGUUUGUUUGAGAUAUUCAAUGUUCCAAUAUGGUACCCGUUGAGGCCAUUUGAUAG